CCUUUGUGUUUUCUAAAGCAUCGUGUCAAAAAUAUGAAAUAUUAGACUGGGAACUUUUAGACCUUUUAAAGUGAAGAAAUGUUAAACGUAAUGGGAUUAUAGGAGGAGCUGUGAUUGAAAAGUAAGGAAUGUACUGAUUCAAAAAAGGAUCAAGGGCACUGGAGCAUGGUAUGAUGAACGAAAUAACAAGAUCUUCAAAACUGCUGGAUGGAUCAUCUGAUUUUGUGCUGACUUACAAGGACAAGGAAGGUGACUGGAUGCUUGUUGGAGAUGUUCCUUGGGAGAUGUUCCUUAGUUCUGUGAAGAGGCUUAGAAUCAUGAGGACAUCUGAGGCUACUGGAUUAGCUCCAAGAUUACAAAAUAGGAACCAGAGACAAAGAAGCAAACCCAUCUAGAAUAUCAUUCUCUCAACCCCACCAUAAGAUGAAUAGGGCAUGCUAGCAACAUACAAAGCAUAAAAAGAAAUACAGAUAGCUAAAGCAUUUUGACAACGUUUGAACCUCCGUGGCUCUCUGAUUGUUUCCUGCUGCUGUAUUAUUUCUUUACAUGUUUUCUUUCAAUCUCAGUUACAGUCUUGAGGAACAGUCACCAUACUUUUUGAAAGGCACAGUUUUCAUGUAAUAUAUGCGAAAAUUACCUAGUAAAUGCUUUUUUUUUUGUUGCUGUAAAUAAGAGAGCCAUUUUACUGUAUUUUUUAAUUUCGGAAUGUCAGAAUGAGAGUGGUUUUCCUUAUCAAUGGCAAGUUUGUUUUUUUGUC